AGAUACUGAUUUGGCUUUGUUGCAAAGGCAAUUUACAACAUCAAACAUACGACUAUCAUCUACACAAAUUGCAAACAAAAUCAUUUCUUGCUGGGUAGCUAUCGCAAAGGCAUCAUGCUUAAGCUUCAGCUUUACAUUUACUAACCAAAUAUAUAUAGAAUUAGAUGAAGCUCUAAAAAUUGAGCAUAUUCUUCUACUAAAG